UAUCUGAGCGGAAGAGUAUUGGUGUACCAUCUGACCACAAAGCACUAACCUUUGACUUGAACUUCACUGCACGCAUCCCUAAUGAUAAUAGGCAGGAAACAUUCGACCUUAAAAAGGCUGACUUUGAAGGACUACGAACUGCGUUAAGGAACGACCCGCUCGAGAACUAUUUAGAUACGGAUAAUGACGUUGAACAGAACGGGACUUCAUGGAAAACACAACUCUUCUCCAAGCUGAAGCCUUCAUACCGAAGCGCAAGCCUCGUAAGUUCAUAAUACCGCCAUGGAUUGAUGGAGAGGUAACCCAUGCAAUACGGCAAAAGACUACUCGCUUUGAAAAAGAGGAAAAGAAAAGAACAACCCGGCUACUUGAGAGAGAUUCCGUGAAAAACGUAAGAAGGUAAAAUACCUAAUAAAAUUUAAACGUAUUGCCUUCCUUAAGAACAUUUCAGACUCAUGCUUUUCUCAUCCUAAUUGCUUCUGGAGUUACUUCAACCGGUUGACGAGACGUUCCAACAUUCCCGAAACUGUCGAACUUAACGGACGUUCUCACUCGGAUGCGAGGUCGAAAGCCAACGCGUUUAACAAGUAUUUCACCACCGUUUUCAACUCUGAUACAUCAAUACCCAGGAACCUUUCCUCCUCUCCAUACACGCACGAUAUCGUAUCGACCCUCGAAUUAUCCCACGAAUAAGUAUUGUCCUCUCUACAAAAUCUCAACUCGAGCAAAACAUAUGAACCGGACAAUCUUCAUCCGAGAAUUCUGAAAGAAUGUGCAAACGAACUAGCACCCUCCUUAUGCUUAAUAUUCAACAAGUCAUUGGGUAAGCUAUAUUAUUAUUAUCAUUAUUAUUUCGUGUGGGUAAGCUUCCAUGUGAUUGGAAACAGGGGAACAUAACACCAGUGUUUAAAAAAGGAUCUAAAGCUUUGGUGCCCAAUUAUUGUAAAAUUUCCCUUCUAUCUAUUGUCAGCAAAUUGUGUGAACGUUGCGUCCUCAGGAACUUACUAUCGAAGCUCAGUCACCUUCUAACAUCUGCACAGCAUGGCUUUCAAAAUGGCUUUGUUCGAGGAAGAUCUUGUAUUACGCAGUUGUUGUCAGUUCUUCACGACUUGGGAACCUCGCAUCACUUUUUGGCUUAGAGGAUCCAUUGAAAACGAAUCUUAUUAAGCUAAACGAACGCAUUCACGAAGUUCAAGCAAGCGGCGAGUUCGGAGACAAGGUUAUGGAGAAGCACAAAUAUCUGUUCGAUGACAACCUUGGGGAAUUACCGGUCGUUUACUCCAUGAAAGUUGACCGCAACGUAACACCCGUGAUCAACCCACCACGCAAAAUACCAAUCGCAAUGGGAAAAAUGUGA